AUGAUUGUAGGUCCCAUAAAAGCACUUUUUAUGGAUGAAAUAUCAACUGGCUUAGACAGCUCCACUACUUUUCAAAUAGUUACAUGUCUCCAGCAAUUGGUGCACAUCAAUGAUGCAACAACAGUGCUUUCACUCCUCCAACCAGCACCAGAAACCUUUGAGUUGUUUGAUGAUCUUAUAUUGAUGGAAGAGGGGAAGAUAGUAUACCAUGGCCCCUGCAGUCAAGCACUCCAGUUCUUUAAGGAUUGCGGUUUCUGGUGCCCUGAAAGAAAAGGAGUGACAGACUUUCUUCAAGAGGUAACCUCUAAGAAGGAUCAAAGGCAAUACUGCAAGUACUCCUUAGGAAAAUGGGAUUUGUUUGAAGCUUGUAUGAAGAGGGAGAUUCUUCUCAUGAAACGAAACUCGUUUAUCUAUAUAUUCAAAACUGUGCAGCUUACAAUCACUGCAAUCAUAACAAUGACGGUCUUUUUGCGCACACAACUUGACGUGGACUUGUUAGGAUCAAACUAUUUAUUAGGUUCACUGUACUAUACACUUGUACGCCUAAUGGCAAAUGGAGUUUCCGAGUUGAUAAUGACUAUUACUAGACUACCCGUUGUUUAUAAGCAGAAAGCAUUCUAUCUCUAUCCAGCUUGGGCUUACUGUCUUCCAGCUGCCAUACUAAAGAUUCCAUUUUCAGUCCUUGAUUCUCUUGUUUGGACAUCAAUAACAUAUUAUGUUAUAGGCCACAGCCCAGAAAUAACAAGGUUCCUCCGCCAGUUCCUUUUGCUUAUCGCUCUGCACAUGUCAUCAACCUCUAUGUGUCGUUCCCUUGCUGCAGUUUUUAAAACUGAUGUUGCAGCUACAAUUGUUGGUUAUUUGGUCUUAGUACUCAUGUUCUUGUUUGGAGGCUUUAUUCUUCCUCGACCAUCAUAA